AACGGCGUCUCUCGGCCGUCGCCUAGCAACUUUCCGGCACCGGAAGAAGGCUAGGCCGAACGCUGAGUGGUUCCGUUUCUGGGCACUCAAGAUGGCGGCGGCCGGUGGGGAGGAACAGCAGGAGCCCAUGGUGGAUUGGGCUCUGCUUUCAGAGGUGGAAGUCUUGGAAUCCAUCUAUUUGGACGAACUACAUGUGUCUAAAGGAAAUGGCAGGUCUGUGCCCUGGGAAAUCUUCAUCACCCUACAUCCAGCAACUGCAGAGGACCAGGACUCUCAGUAUGUCUGCUUCACCCUUAUGCUGUCUGUGCCCCUUCAGUAUCCGAAUGAAGUGCCAAAGAUAGCCAUCCGGAAUCCUCGAGGGCUGUCAGAUGAACAAAUCCAGAAGAUUUCCCAGACACUACAGUGUAUUACUGAGGCCCGGCUGGGUACAGCUAUGCUAUAUGAGCUAAUAGAGAAGGGAAAGGAAAUUCUUACAGACAACAAUAUCCCUCAUGGGCAGUGUGUGAUUUGCUUGUAUGGCUUUCAGGAGAAUGAAGCUUUCACUAAGACACCGUGCUACCACUACUUUCACUCACGUUGCCUUGCCAGUUAUACAGAACAUAUGGAAGAAGAGAUUCGUGCAGAGAGAAAAGAAAUGCAGCCUUUGACACUUCUGCCCAAAGAGGAAGUUGAAGUGCAGUGCCCUGUGUGCCGGGAACCCCUGGUUUAUGACCUUGCAACGCUGCAAGCAGCACCCCCUCCACAGCAGCCAAUGGAGAUGUACCAACCUGACACACAGACACUGCAGCACAGAGAGCAACUGCGCCUGAUCUACCAGAGGCAGCAGGAGAAAGGAGGCAUCAUUGACCCUGAGGCAGAGAGAAAUCGCUACUUCAUCAGCCUGCAAAAGCCCCCAGAUGCCACUGAACAUGAACAUGUAGCCAUCUCGGAAAAUGUCCUGGGUGCUGAGAAGGAACUGCAGCCUUCAGCAGACUCAGAACAUACUCAAGAAAAUGCAAAGGUUGUUGUUCCAGUGAGGAAUGAGCCUGAAAAACCAGAGAGGCCAUCUGUUCCUUUCCAUCUCCAUAGCAAGAGAGAGAGGACUCGAGAGGAGAAGCCAUCUUUACAAGGCCCUGGCUGGCAAUUGCAGUACAAGUCACUGGAGACACCAGCAGAAACUUGCUGUCUCCUGACUCUUGAGGGAGAAUCCAGAGCCUUCAGCAGAAGACCUAACUGGAGGAAGGAAAGAGGGCAGCGGACCUGUGGGAGGUACAAUCAAGACUUCCCAAAAUCUUGCGGCAGAGAUGAAGUGUCUUCACGCAUGGAUAAAAAAGAGCUGCACAGCAGGGGCAUCUCACCAACCAAAGAGGGGACACAUUUGAGAGAAGAGAAAAAUGUUGUGAGGAAAUGGACACCAGAACAGAAAAGUCAAGCUCAAGACAGCAAGGAAGUAAACUUGGAGGUUUGCCAUAAUGAGCUCAGGGGGCCAGCCAAGAGGCAGGAUUGGUGUGGAAUGCAAGAUUACAGACAGUGGGAAAAGACCAAGGGCAGAGAACGUGGUUCGUAUCCUAAAAUGCCAAGAGGCCGAGGGCGCUCCAGAUUGCUCAAGGAGAGAACUGCAGGGCCAAGAGACUGAGGGUGGUUCCUAGCAGGAAGGAGCUGAGGCUUGAGGGGCCUUUUUCUAGAGGAGAACACUGCCAGUUUUGUUGUGCUGUCAACCAUUGGCCUUGAUCUUAAGGAAAAGCAGAGCUGUCUUGAAAUUUUGCACUGAGCAUGGGCGGUUUUUGUCUUGCAGAGUAGAGGAGUAUACUGUCCUUGAAGAUGAGAAUACUACCUAGGGACUGUAUUGUUCUCUGCAGUUAUUUACUAAAUGGUAACUAAACACUAGUGGCCAUGGGUAAAUUGUGGACUCUUACAGCAAAUCACGGUUGCAGAGGGGCAUGUGAGGCUGAAUCACUUAACUAAACGGCAAGCUUGAAAAAUAAUUAUUAAAUAACACUGUUUUUAAAAUGAGUUACUAAAAAUAACAGAAGGACCACGAGCAAGUACAGGUCUCCCUAUUUACUGGCCACAGUUAUGGAUAGGACUUGCCAUUAAUAGCAUCACCAUUGCUAGAUGUGUCAUGAUGAUGGCAACUGUAUCUGUAAAAAAUGUGGACUUGAGUCAGUAUUGGCUUGGCAACUAUAUAUCAACAGACAAUCUUUUGAGCUCCAUAAACUGUGGUCAGACUGCAAGGUGGUGCGUCGGCCACUGCCUCAUUGUAAUGGGUUAAUAUUCACUAGCAGUUGGCCUUGAACUGUGAACACUGAGCAUAUCCAUUAUAAAUGGCCCUUAAUUUCCAGGGAGAGCAACUCCUUAGUCACCCAGUAGCUGGAUUUGCAGAUAGACUUAGCAUCAAACCUUUCAGCUCCAGGUGCCAGCACACUCAGACUCUUAGAAGCUGCAGAGAUAGCACUGAGGCUAUUCUUUUUGCCCGUUAUCACAACUGUGAUAUCCAGCAGUGAUCUGCUUCCUACAAUCCCUUCCAAGGUUUGAUUGUCAGUUUAUGAUGUUUUGGAUCCUGUCAUCUUUGGUUCAAGUUAACUCUGGCUCUUUUUGGGGUGGGAGGAAUCAUGCUCAACUGCCUUAUUUUUUUUUCUUUUAACUUUGCAGCUGUAUUUCUGUAUUUACCCACACUGUUUGAAAGCUGUUCUAUUCUCUGCUAGAGAGGAUGAUACCAGUGUACAACUCAUUCUAAGGCUUCACAGUCUCUGUCAUAGCACAUACAUGCAUGCCCAUACACCAGUUUGAGCAGUUCCACCCAUGAAAGGAUUGAUGUGAGAUUGACUUACCUCCCAGGACUGUGGUGAGGUGGAACUUGUGGUGAUGUGAUGCAAAACAUGAGUAUUAAAAGCAAAAGUAGACCA